ACCAAUCGAUUGCCCAAAAUUAGGGUACGAUGAAGAGAAGGAAGAUACGUUACUUUUUCCAGAAGUCGCAAUCGAGUUGCUACGGAGCAUGGCAAUUGGCUCAGCUGAUGCAGACAUAUCAAACUGCGAGAUUGAAAUGGGUGGAUCGUCCUCAUCAAAACUAAUGGCUCGCACCAUAGUAGGUGUAAGUGAAUCCAAAGACAGAGGCGUUUGUCUGGUAUUGUUUAUCGUCUGAGAAUCUUGAGUAGGCGAAAAAACAGGACUAUCAGACAUAGAAAAUGAAGCAGCAGCAACCUCAUGAUAGGGAAUAUGAAUAUGGGAGCUGCUUGCAGCUACACGAGAGGCAAACUCAGUUGGAGAUGCUUCAUCUACAAAUAAUACUGACUUGGUGGUAUCGAUCGUUUGGAUGUGAGCAGGGACAGCACUGCAAUGAUCCACGACAUGUGAAGCUGGUGACACAACCAGAUCACGUACAGUACCAGUAUGAGCACAUCCAAUUGUGAUACUAUCCUUGCUCAUUAACUUCAUAGAUACAAGGGACUCUGUUGCGACUAAAUCCUGCAGCAUUGAAUCAAAGUCAAUAUCUGGUUGCACCGAAGGUGGAGACUGCUGGCAUGAAGAGGUGGAGAGCCUAGCGGAAUCUGAAGCAGUGCUCAUAUGAGCUAGUAACCGUUGUAAUAGUAGUAGUAGCUAUAGUAGUAAUGCAAUCGUAGUAUAAUUCCACUAAAUACUC